AUGGAAGUAAAUGAUCCUAAUAUCGUUCCUCUUUCUGUUCUGGAGAUCCCCCCACGGCGUUCGGCAUCCAUCACCGAGAAAGAUCAAGCCGGCGUCGCUAUUUCAACAGGCAUCUUGGCCGACGAGAAACCAAUUGAUGCUGUGGAUGAACGGCUGCAUGACUUGAAAAAACUUCAUCGCUGGGACCCCAAUCUGCCUGACUCCAUCAUCGAGAAUGCGAAUGAUGCACUCGCCACAGCUGAUAAGGAUGCUCGCGCUGCCAUUGCCCACGACCUGUUGGACAACUCUCCUUAUCCUGAAGUGCGAGCUGCUGUAUCGAACAUCGACGAAGGUGGCCACAGCAAUACGAUCCGCGCCUGGAUAGUUGGGCUUAUUUUUGCCACUAUUGGUGCGGGCCUAAACAUCUUUUUCUCUCUGCGCGCGCCCUCUAUCUCCAUCCCAGUUUACAUCGCCCAGCUCCUCGCCUAUCCUAUCGGCAAAGCGUGCGCCAAAUGGGUUCCAAGCAAAGAGUUCCACUUUUUGGGCAUUAAAUGCAACCUCAACCCUGGUGCUUUCAGCAAGAAGGAACAUUGUCUUAUCGUCAUCAUGGCAAAUACUUCUUUCGGCACAGCUUAUGCAACAGAUAUAAUUCUUGCUCAGCGAGUUUUCUACGGUCAACGGUUUGGCUGGGUCUUCGAGAUUUUACUCUGCAUCAGCAAUCAGAUGUUGGGAUUUGGAUUUGCAGGGUUAUUCACACGCUUCCUGGUGGAACCUGCAGCCAUGAUCUGGCCAUCUUUGUUGAUUAAUACCACCCUCUUCGAUGCUCUUCAUGAUCACUCAAAGCCCAACACACCCAUGGUGUCGGGGUGGAAAAUUGGCCGGUACCGCAUGUUCAUGUGGGUGAUGCUUGGUUCGUUCUGCUGGUACUGGUUUCCAGGCUACAUUGCACCUUUCCUCAGUGUCAUCGCCUGGGUGACCUGGAUCAAGCCUCAGAGUCCAGUGAUCAAUCAGCUUUUUGGGGGCACCACCGGGCUCUCUUUGAUUCCAUUGACCUUUGACUGGACCCAGAUCGCUGGUUACAAUGGCUCACCACUGAUGACACCUUGGUUUUCCAUUGCCAACACACUCUUCGGGGUGAUAUUCUGGUUCCUAAUCGUGACUCCGGCCAUCCAUUACUCAGGCUUGUUCUACUCGCAAUAUCUGCCUAUCAGUGACUCGACUAGCUAUGAUAACACUGGCAGAGUCUACAACGUUUCCAGAAUUUUGACUCCAGGAUACACUCUUGACUUGGAGAAGUACCGCAGUUAUUCACCUAUUUUUCUAUCCACCACUUUCAUGCUUGCAUAUGGGCUUUCAUUUGCGGGUAUCCUCUCUACGUUUGUCCAUGUUGGCCUUUUCCAUGGUGCCGAAGUUUGGUAUCGAAUCCGUCAUGUCGGACAUGAUAUGGAGGACGUUCACAGUCGCCUUAUGGCCCGAUUCAAACCUGUCCCCUUUUGGUGGUAUGCGUCUGCUAUCCUAGUUAUGAUGGGUAUGUCGCUCGCGGUAGUCCUGGGCUAUGAGACUCACUUGACCUGGUGGGCCUUCCUCCUGGCGAUCUUCAUAUCAGUCGUGGCGUUAUUGCCAAUUGGUAUAAUCAGCGCGACCACCAAUUCAACGCCUGGAUUAAACGUGAUAACUGAGUUUAUCAUCGGCUAUAUGCAGCCUGGAAGACCAAUGGCAAUGAUGAUGUUCAAGGCGUAUGGCUACAUUACCAUGAACCAGGCCUUGUCUUUCGUGACGGACCUUAAGCUCGGACACUACAUGAAAAUCCCUCCACGUGUCACCUUCCAGGCUCAGAUUGUCGCAACUUUCUGGACCUCUAUCGUCCAAAUUUGCGUCCUCAACUGGGCUCUAGCAAACAUAGAAGAUGUGUGUACUCCGCACCAGGUGAAUCAUUUCACUUGCCCGAAUGGCCGCGUCUACUUCACAGCCUCGAUCGUCUGGGGAACCAUUGGACCAUCACGCAUCUUCUCUAUUGGCCAAAUGUACUCGCCAAUGAUGUUUUUCUGGAUUGUAGGAUUGCUUUUCCCAAUCGCAGUCUUCAUAGGCGCCCGGAUGUUUCCGCAAAGCCCAAUCCGCCAUAUAGUGGCGCCUUUGUUCCUCAACGGUGCAGCCACGAUACCACCUGCUACACCACUGAACUACCUUUCAUGGGGUAUCAUCGGAUUCAUAUUCAAUAAGUACAUCCGUGGUCGCUACACUGGUUGGUGGAUGACCUACAAUGCCGUUAUCUCAGCUGGCUUGGACAUUGGACUUGCCCUUGCAACUAUUCUCAUCUUCUUCACCCUCACCAUGACCAAGACCGACUUUCCAAAUUGGUGGGGUACUAAGAUCGGAACAGACACAAUGGACUCCACUGGUACUGCCAUUCAAACUGUGCUACCGAAGGGGGCGAAGUUUGGCCCUCCUUCGUGGUAG